AUGGAUGUUCCUGCGCUGUCGUCGGUGCUUCGGCUGAUUGACGGCAUCCAGCGGGUGCUUGCUGCUUACAGGCUUUGGUUGCAAGAGCAGCGGGGCCGUCUUGACGGAGUUUUUCUUCAGAUUGCCAGCUUGCGUGCUCAGGGCCCGGGAUUAGAGGAAAUCCGAGCGGAAGUGGCUCGCACUGUUCUGAAUUUCAACAGCAGGCUUCAAGAUACCGAGGACGAUCUUGAGAAUUUUUCUGCCCAGCACACGGCUGCGCUUCAGCUUUUCGAGCUCCGUCUUCAGCGGCUGUCUCAGGAUGCUCUCGAAGUGGACCAGCCUGCCAGUGCAGGUAACGAGGCGGUGGCCAGGUUGUCAGAGGAUCCGAUUGAAGCUUUGCAACUGCCUUGGGAGACUCCGUUGAUGAAAGCAAUUUUCUCGAAUGACACUCCUACGGCGGUUGCAGGAUUGCCGCCUGUGUCCCUGGCUGUCAAGGAGGCACCGCCUGCCCUGCCGGCUCAGGUCGUGCUGCAUCGCAAGGGUCCCGCAGUUGCCAGUGCCUUGUUCGAGGGAAACAUUUGUGCACAUGCCAUUCGGAAAUUCAGAGAUGAGGAUGAUGUCUUGCGGGAUGAGAGGUUGCUGCAUCGCGCUGCGGCGAAGUGGUGCCUUAUUGUCUUCAGGUAUGCCCGCGAGUUGGGUUUAGCACCUACCUCGGAAGAGGAAGUCAUAGCGUGCUUCGGCACCCGGUCAGUGCACACAGUCACCAAGCGUGCCAACACUUUUGCUGCAUUCAUGCGCUGGCUUGAUGUGUUAACAAACUCCAGCAUCUCAGCAUUUUGCGAUGAAGCUUACUGGAAGUACCUGCGGUUCCUUGAGUCCUCGGGCGCGUCGGCGUCCAGCGGUACAUCUUUCUUGGCGAGUGUCAGGUUCGGAAAGUAUGUAAUGGGAUUGGAGGGCACCGAGGAGCCCAGCAGGCGUUGCGUGGGGUUGGCCGAGAAGCUCGCAGGGCAAUCGGGCGUGGUGAGACAAGCGGCGCCGCUGACAGUAGCGCAGCCUCCGAAGGAUCUUGACUCAAAAAGCUUGUGCAACCGCAGCGUGACUUCCGAUGAGAUCUCCAUCUUUGUUCGGCUGGUCUUGGGCCUCGGCAGAGAGGCUCCCGAGCUUGGUGAGCGUGUGACCAGUCAUAGCCUUAAGCGAACUUGCCUCUCGUGGGCCAGCAAGGCAGGUUUCGAUCGCUUGACCAGGUGCUGCCUAGGUCGUCAUGCAUACGCAACUGAGGGCACUGAAGCAAUCUACUCCGUGGAGUUAGGGCUGCCUCAUGUUCAGAAGCUUGAGUCGCUGCUCCGAUUCAUCGUGACUGGGACUUUUGCGCCAGAUGCCUCUCGGUCCUUGAUGUGGGCCUUCCCGCCACCAGCAGGUGAUGUUGCUCCCCCGGCGCAGCAGAUCAUUGCUAGUGAGCCUGUUGUGGGCAUUCCCGAGGUGCCGACUGACAUCGGGGAAGAGGCGUCGGGGGACGAGGGGCAAAGCAGCUGCUCCACUUCAAGUAGUAGCAGCAGCAGCGAGUCCAGUUCAUCGGACGGGGGUGCGAAGCCGCUAGCUAAGAAGGCGAGGGUGUCUGAUGCAGUUCCGAACCGCAUUGAUGCAGAGGGUGGCUGGGUUGUGCACAGAAUUCCAGCUGAGGGCGGAAAAGAGCAGGGCAGUCAUGGCUGCCUGAGAUUGCGCAUGGCGCAUUUUGCUGCGCGAGCCGCCGAGGUCCGGCUGUCGAACGAGUCCAUCCAGGCUCUGAAGCGGCAUGGGUUCCAGACGCUGGGGCAAUUAGCCUAUGCAGUGGGGCAGCCGGGGCAGCUUAUUCCUGAGCUUGAGUUCACCGACUGGUGCAGAGCUCACGUGCCGUCAGCGUCGGCGGCCGACUUAGCAUCGUUGAAGCGCCUUGUCUUCGAAGCUCAGACCUUAGCCCUCACGCAGCUUCGUGCGCAAGUGACGGAGCCGGGUGCGGCAUCAAAGAGGGUCCCUGAGGCAGAAAGGGAGCGGAGGCUCCAGCGCUUGAGGGAUGACUUAAGUGGUCUGAACAUUGAGGGGCCACUGGAGCCAGGGAGGAAGCUUUUGGAUGAGUGUGCUCAUCAGGAGGCUCUUGGACAGCUCAAGUACUUGUCGCCAGACAGAUGCAUCAGUCGCUUGCACGAGGUGACUCACGCCAAGCCCUCAAGCCGUCAGGUGGAGAUUGACCAAAGCCGCUUGGUCAUAAAGGAGGCCCAGGAUGAGUUUUCGAUGCCAGCUUCGUCCGCUCUGCAAGUUCAGGAGGCUCUUCGUCGGAGGGGGUUAGCAUACACGUUCGCCCAAGCCGUGACGUGGAACUCUUAUGACAAAUAUGUGACUAGGCUCUUCGCUCACAUGCACCGGGAUCCCCCACCGUCUUGCAAUCGCAUCUCUGUCAGCCAGAUCGUGGAAGCUGACCGACUGGUGUUCACCAGGUUGAUCGAACUGAACAUCAAGCCCAAGCAGGACACCGAUGGCAGCAUGCCCAUGGACAAGGCCCUUCAUGAGGCUCUUGAAUCGUAUGAGGUAAGUUUCGCCUUGAUGCACCUCCCCAGCAAGGGGCCCGGAAAUCCACCUAGGCCUUGGAAGCGUUUGAAGACUCAGCAUCAGGAUAACCCUGGAAAAGGCAAGGACAAGAACAAGAAAGGAAACGGAAAGGGCGGCAAAACAGCUGCCCCAUGGGUGAGCAUUCCUAAGUUCAUCAGGGAUCGCGGCGGCCAUGCAGCCACGCCAGCAGGUGAGCCGAUCUGCUUCACAUAUUCUAUUCACGGCAAGUGUGCAGUGCCCAAUUGCCCCCGCAAGCAUGUCUGUGCUCGGUGCUUUGGUGAGCAUGCUCUCUUGAAUCACAAGGACAAGGAGUGA